AUGAGUGCGAACACCUCGAGUUUCGCGAGCUUCCGGCCAAAGCCCAAGCCUGCUCAGGAACUAUCCAAGGAACCCCAACCACACAGCCAAUCUGACCGUACAUCAAAACAAAAAGAUCAACAUAGAAGAACUUCGAAAUCACCAAGUCCACAGAUCCGGGAAACAGACGCGUCUGCAAACAAGCCCUAUUUCAGCGACCGGCGAGGAGACGAGGACGUGUUACGAUAUGGUACCUUGAACCGUUAUGAAAUUCCACCUUACCGUCGAUAUGGUCAUGGAUUCGUCUUGGGCCUUCCAUUGCAGCAGAAGAUUGACCGAGAAUUGUCUACAGACAAGAAAAUAUAUGUUUCGCCUGCCACGCGCCGACGUCAACAGCGCCUACUCACAGACAAAUCUACAAAGCGGUCAGGUGAACGUGCGCUACGUCUAGUAAAAGCCGGAGGCGACGCCUCAGAUCUCAACAAAGACUACGUGCUCUUGUCUGCAACCGGCAAAAGGAAGCGUCACGACAGUGAUACUGAUGAAGAUGACGACGAAGGAACACCAGAAUUCGACUAUCGAGGAAUAGAAGAGCCAAAAUCUGCCGAGCCAGCUGACCCAGAUGCGCAAUAUGAGUCUGAUGUUGAUGUUACGUUUGAUGCUGAAGCCACUCGCACCAACUCGAGACUCGCACGGAGCACCAAAGAGCAUCCUGAAGAUGUCUCAGGGUGGCUGGCGCUGAUCGCUCACCAGGAAGCCAUGCUGAAGCUUGAGCGGCCAUCUGCUGAGCUGACAGUUUCUGACAAAGCCCAUCUUGCUGAUAUACGCAUCGAUAUAUACGGAGAAGCCCUCAAGAAGAUCGGUAAACACCCCGAGGGCCAGCUACAACUUUACAAAGGGCUGUUGAAAGAAGCUGAGAGAGCAUGGGAAGGCGCCAAGCUCGCCAGUAAAUGGAAGGACGUUCUUGUAAAACAUCCAGAAAGCGUCGAACUGUGGAUGAUGUAUCUCGACUUUGUACAGUCGCGAUUCACAACUUUCAAGUACGAGGACUGCCGAGCUAUCUUCUUCAAAUGCAUCGAAACUCUCAGUGCAAGCACACAAAACAUUUCACCUACGGGCCUGCUGCACAUAAUACUGCGCCUUACAUCCAUGACAUAUGAAGCCGGAUACCAGGAGCUUUCAGUAGCAAUUUGGCAAGCUUUAAUUGAAUUCCGUAUUUUACGGCCCGCAGAGGAUGCGACCAUUGACGCAUUUGAGAUGUUCUGGGAUAGCGAGGUAGCACGCAUUGGCGAGCCACAAUCAAAAGGGUGGAAGCAAUACAGUCCAUCAGGCGAGCCUGCAUCGCUUGAGUUUGCCCCCUUGUUGGAGAAGGACUCGUCAGACUCGUUUUUUGAAGAUUUUAAAAAACGCGAAACGGAAGCCACAAGACAACUCGUGUUACCAGGCCGCACGUCUGACGACAUAGCAGAGGAUGAUGCUUUCCAUACCAUUCUCUUCGAUGACGUAGCACCAUACCUGAAGCUUGUUCCCGAACAUGUACCGUCAGGACUACUUGUAGAGGCCUUCCUGUGCUUUUGCGGACUACCUCCUAUACCAAAGUCGGGCGCGCACCAGCAGAGCUGGUGGUCUGAUCCUUUUCUGCAACGCCACUGGUCAUCGUCUCCCCUCAACGAAGAUGAAUCUUCUAACUUUGUACAAUCGCUCAAUCACUUCUCGAAUUGCCCGUCGAAAAGUUUUCAGAUGACAACUGAGCUGUUGUUUGACCAAAGUUUCUCUACAAGUAGCAUCGGACUGGGUACUGAUUUUAUCAGACAACUGCUCAAACUUGUAGCCUCAGACCCAUCGAGUGAAGAUGUCUUUGGGGAGUAUCUUCUUGCGUUUGAGCUUCGAAACUACCCUAAUGAGGCUUUCAAAACAGCAAAGCGACUGCUCAAGGCUCGGCCAUCAAGCUUGCGUCUAUACAAUGCUUAUGGAUUGGUUGAAUCUCGGCUUGGAAACUCGGACAAAGCCGAUCAAGUAUUCCGCACAGUGCUUGCUAUGCAACCAGCCAAAUCAGAAAAUCCAACUCCUCAAUUAUUGGAACUUCUGGACAGCUGGGUCUGGGACGCUCUUCGGAGGGGAGAAAGAAACACUGCACUAUGGCGACUUGUCUCGCCGCACGGCAACCCUCCCGCCGAAACUGCACAAUCGCAACCCGACGAGACUCUCGUAGAUAGUCUUCGUACAAGACUCGCAGAGAUCAGCGAACAAGCCCUACUCGCCCAAGACCACGCUACCGCAAUCCUCAGUACCUCCCUCUCCGCCCUCCUCCUCUACCUCACAAGCUCUUACGACGCCCCUCGCGCCCUAAACCUCCACUCCCACCUCUCAAUCUGGUUCACUUCCCAUGCCACCACUUACUCCUCCUCCGCCGAACUCCACGCGCAAUUCAUAUCUCGCCUCCUCACCUUCCACACCACGCACGCCCCCAUCGUCAAACCCGCCCUCACCCGCUCAACCCUGGAGCCCCUCCUCUCUCGCUUCCCAGACAACACCCUCCUGCUCGCCCUCUACGCCGCAAACGAAUCCCGCUUCUCAAUCGACGACCGUGUCCGCGGCGUAAUGCAGCAUACCGCACUCCAGCGCACCGAAGAACGCAGUAUAGCUGGCUGGGCAUUUGCAAUUCACUACGAGAUGCGAAGGGGAGAGCUCGCGGGCUCGACGGAACAUUCUAUCCGCGCGCUGUAUAAACGCGCCGUCGAAUCUAGCGGCAAGCAUUGUCCUGCACUGUGGAAGGCUUACAUCCAGUUUGAACUCGCACAGCUACGCCGUUUGCAAGAAUCGAGACAGCUGCAAAAUAAGAAACCACGGAGAGAUGGCAAGAAGAGCAAAGCAGAGAUUAGAGUAGAAGACGCGAGACAGAGGGUUGCAGAUACGUUUUAUGCGGGUUUACGCAACUUGCCUUGGUGCAAGGAGGUUGCUAUGCUUGCUUUUGGGGAGGCGGAAGAUGUUUUUGGGGAUGAGGAGAAGUGGAGGGUUUGUAGGGUUUUGGUGGAGAAGGAGAUGAGGGUUUUUGUUGAGGUGGAUGAUGAUGCGGCAUGGGAGGUUGCGAGGGAGAAGGGGUGGACGGUUUGA